UUAAUUUGAUGACUCAAUGUUAUGAAUAACGAUAAUAUUUUUUUUAUUUUAACGAGAAAAGAUAGAGAACAAAGUACUAUAUUCGAAAACAAAUAGAUAUAUACCCUACACAGAUCCUACCGCUUGACCUCAAUUGUUCAAUAAAACCCAACGAUUCCCUCCUCCUUUCUUCUUCUUCUUCUUCAUUAUUUUUCUCCUGCUUCGUCAUUAUCAUUUAUUUCCUUUUUCUCUCAAAAUCAAAUGAUGGCUGAUAAAGAAAGCUCGAAAAAGCCAAUUGUUAAUAACAGCAAUAAUAAUUCUAAGAAAAAGAAGAAAAAGAAGAGAGGCGGUGCCAAGAGGAAAAUGACCCUUGAACAAACAGUGGCAUACAAAUCAGUCCGGGAAUGGGUUUUCUUGGACCGGUCUAAUGAUAAUAGCUUUAAUUCAAUGUGUCUUUUUGAUUCGGUUUUGGAUGACUUUGGGGUGCAAUGGUACCAGCCAAAAGAAAAACUUGUCUUUGAAUUUCACUGUCACUCAACAUGCAGUGAUGGAUUCUUGUCUCCUUCCAAGCUUGUGGAGAGAGCUCAUCAAAAUGGGGUCAAAGUGCUUGCUUUAACGGAUCACGACACGAUGUCUGGAAUCCCUGAAGCCCUGGAAGCAGCACGCAGAUUUGGCAUCAAGAUUAUACCUGGUGUUGAAAUUAGUACAAUGUUCUCCACAAGAGGAGAGUCGGGACCAAAAGAACCUGUUCACAUUCUCGCAUAUUACAGCAGUUGGGGGCCAAAAAAAUCUGAGGAAUUCGAGAAGUUCUUAGGUAAUAUUAGGGAUGGACGCUUCAUCCGUGCGAAAAACAUGAUCUCAAAACUGAACAAGCUCAAGAUGCCUCUUAAAUGGGAAAAUCUAAUCAAGAUUGCAGGAAAGGGUGUUGCUCCUGGGAGGCUCCAUCUUGCUCGUGCUCUGCUAGAAGCUGGCCAUGUAGAAAAUCUAAAACAGGCUUUUACUCAGUAUCUUUAUGAUGGUGGACCUGCAUAUUCUAUGGGAAGUGAGCCAGUGUCUGAGGAGGCUGUGGAAUUGAUACGUGAAACGGGAGGUAUUGCAGUGCUGGCACAUCCAUGGGCACUGAAGAAUCCUGCCACCAUCAUCAGAAGACUGAAAGAAGCAGGACUACAUGGGAUAGAGGCUUACCGAAACGAUGGAAAACUCGAAGUAUACAGUGAUUUGGCUGAUGCACAAAAUCUUUUGAAACUUGGAGGAUCGGACUAUCAUGGGAGAAGUGGUCAGCACGAAUCCGAGAUGGGAAGUGUGAGUCUUCCAGUGAUGGUGGUGCACGAGUUCCUUAAGGUGGCUCGGCCAAUCUGGUGCAAUGCCAUCAAAGAAAUCCUAGAAACUUAUGUCAAAGAUCCCACUGACUCAAAUUUGAAACUUAUUACGAGAUUUGGACAGACGAAGGUUUCAAGGGGCAUUUCAACUUUCACGUCUGCCAGUGAGUUCAUAAAGCAAUAUUUAUCGACAUGGUUGUCAAAGGAAGAAAGAGAGAGCACAGAUUUUGAGUCUAUCAAAUUGGAGCUUUCCCAUAUUUCAGUCAGUCAAACAGAGUUGGAGGCUCUUGCAGCAAGUAAAUAGUUUCUCUCGAGUUUUUUCCUCUGUUCGUGUUCCUUCCACACACCAUAAGUUCCAAGAAGAGUAAUUUUAUCUAUGCAUUUAAGGGCAACUCUCCUUUCAGAGUUGUCAGUGUAAUAUGUUACGUUUUUGACAAGUUCAGAUGGUUCCAUUAUUUUUUAUUUUCGUGAAGAGCGUCAUCAUGUAAUUCUUCUUCAGAGCUAGACAAUCACCCAGAUUUUUAAGUGUUGAUGGAUAAACAACAUUUGUUUGUUUACUUAUUUA